AUGUGUCUCUCNCCAUCGGCAAGUCCAUGGGCAUCACCUGUUAUAUUAGCACCGAAAAAAGACGGUAGUCUACGUUUUUGUGUCGACUACCGUAAAUUAAAUGGAGUAACAAUUCGUGAUGCAUAUCCAAUUCCAAGAAUAGAUGAUACACUAGAUUCAUUACAAGAAGCGAAAUUUGUAUCAACACUUGAUUUACGAUCCGGAUACUGGCAAGUAGAAAUGGACAAAAAUUCCAGAGAAAAAACUGCAUUUGUAACACAUAAAGGUCUCUUUGAAUUCAAUGUUAUGCCAUUCGGUUUAACGAACGCCCCAGCAACUUUUCAGCGACUAAUGGAUAUAGUAUUAGCUGGUCUUAAAUGGCAGUGCUGCCUCGUAUACAUCGAUGAUGUGGUAAUAUUUUCACCAACAUUUGAACAACAUAUUUUAGAUUUAGAAAAAGUUUUUCAAGCUCUUCGAUCGGCAAAUCUCACUUUGAAAGCAUCAAAAUGUCAAUUUUGCCGUCGAGAAAUGCGUUACUUGGGACAUAUUAUUACACAAAAUGGCAUUAAACCGGACCCAGAUCUAAUAAAAUCGGUAACAAAUUUUCCACAACCGAAAAAGAUCAAAGAUGUGCAAUCAUUCCUUGGAUUAACCGGUUACUAUCGUCGAUUCAUCAAAGAUUAUUCAAAAAUUGCUGAACCACUGCAACAGCAACUACGAAAUUCUCAAAAAGGCAAUCAUCAUUUAAAUUGGUCGAGAGGAUGUACUGACGCAUUUGAAACAUUAAAAACACGAUUAACAAACGCUCCAAUAAUGAACACACCAAAUUUUGAACAACCAUUUAUACUGGAACUCGACGCGUGUGAAUAUGGCGUGGGAGCAGUAUUAACACAAGAAUACGACGAAAACAAAUAUGUGAUAGCGUAUGCCAGUCGAACUUUAUCAACAGCUGAAAGAAAAUAUGGAGCAACAGAACGUGAAGCAUUAGCUAUUGUAUGGGCGACAAAACAUUUCCGUCCAUAUCUGGAAGGAAACAAAAUUUAUGUUCGAUCAGAUUGUAAAGCAUUAGAAUGGAUGCGAACGGCAAAAGAUGUAACAGGUCGAAUAGCCCGAUGGGCGAUGAAAUUAUCAGCUUAUCAAAUCGAAGAAAUCAGAUAUCGACCAGGAAAAUUAAAUGCGAAUGCCGAUUCAUUAUCACGUAAUCCAUUACCUGAUGAUAUUAUCAAUCAACACGAAGUGUCAACAAUAGAAACAGCUGUCAAUCUGUGGCAGAAUACAAACAUUUUGAAUGACAUAAAAGAAGAACAACAAGCCGAUCCAAAAUUAAAACAAAUUAUCAAUUUUUUAGAAAUAAAGCCAACAACAGAUUCUAGUGAUAAACGCAAUCCACAUAUUCUUGUGAAUGGAUUAUUAUACAAGGUAAAAAAUUCAAACAAACAUUACAAUCAACGAAUCAUUGGUGAGAAGCAUUUACUGGUCAUUCCAAAAACAAUGCAAAACAAAUUAUUAGAAUGGGCCCAUGAUCAUCCAACAGCUGGACAUGGUGGUCAACAAAAGACGUUAUUUAGAUUAACAACAAAAGUAUAUUGGGAAUCAAUGAAAAAAGACAUAUUUAAUUAUAUUUCUGCAUGUCAAUCAUGUCAACAAUUUAAAUACAAUAAUGCUCCAACAGCAAGUCCGAUGCAAUUACACUCAGUGAAUGAACCAUGGCAUACAAUCGGGAUGGACAUUAUGGGUCCACUACCGACCACUGCAAGGCAGAAACGAUUUCUUCUCGUUAUUGUCGACUAUUUUACUCGAUGGAUCGAAUUAUUUCCAUUGAAAUCGAUUACAUCAAUUGACAUAACGAACAUUCUCACGAAUGAAAUAUUUUCAAGAUAUGGAUUGCCAAAACACAUUGUAUCGGACAAUGGUCCACAAUUUAUCUCAAAUUUAUUUAAAAAUUUCUGUGAUGCAUUAGGAAUAAAACAAAAUUUAACAGCAAAUUAUCACCCUCAAAGCAACAUGACGGAACGUGUGAACAGAACAUUAAAACCAUUAAUUGCGAUAUACGCUCAACAACAGCCCAACUCAUGGGAUAGAGAAAUUCAAAAAUUAGCGUAUGCAAUACGAACAGCCGUCAACGAAACAACAGGUGAAACCCCAGCUUUCAUGAUGUUCGGGCGAGACCCGAGAGGUCCACUUGAUUUACUGGUCGGUGAAAGAACAGAAGAAGCACGAAUAACCACAAAUGAGCAUGUACAAAUUCAAGAAUACAAAAAAAAUUUAAUUAAUAAUUUACGAUAUACAUACAACAUCGUCAAAGAACAUGCAGAAAUAGAGAAAUUAAAACAAAAAGCUAAAUACGAUCGACAUACUACCGACAGACGAUAUACCGAAGGUGAUCUGGUAUGGGUAGCUAUUCCAACAGGACAAAUUGGUGAAAAUUCAAUAGCAGGAAAAUUACAACCUCAUUAUCAAGGUCCGUGCCGUCUGAUCAAACAAUUAACACCGAGCACGUUCACAGUUCUUCGAAUCAAUGAUAACGUACAACUUGGUGCAACAAACACGGAUCGUCUCAAACCGUACUUCGAACCAAAUACAAACAAUCGAAAUACGACGGCUACCGAGAACGAUCAAACAAUCAACGAAAGACAAAGAACAACAACAAACAACGAUGAUGGCUCGAUGGAUGAUGAUUUAAAUUUACAAAAGGUAAAAGAAAACAAUCCAUCAACGUGUUAUGCACCGCCACAACGUCGAGUGUCAAAUCGUCACCACAGGGUGCCGAUAAGAUACAUUGAAAAUUAA